CACGGCUGUGUUCCCAGAACUGGAAAGGAUUGUGCACAGACCCUACAAGCUUCCUCUCCUAGCUAUAGUCUACCUGUGUCCUUCACAGUACCAGUGGACUACCUAAAUAUGCAGUGGCUGAGGAGGUUCCUGACUCCACUGGGCAUCUGCAAAUCCUUGCACAGAUUCUCCCUACACUGUUCACAGCUGCACAGAUGGUUGAUUUCAGGAGUCGGAGCUCAAAGAUGGAAUGACUAUGAUUCACCUGAGGAGUUUAACUUUGCAAGUCAUGUCCUGGACUACUGGGCUCAAAUGGAAGCGGAGGGCAAGAGAGGAUCAGGUCCAGCCUUUUGGUGGGUGAAUGGCCAAGGAGAUGAAGUAAAGUGGAGCUUCAGGGAGCUGAGGGACCUCAGCAGCCGUGCUGCCAACGUCUUUGAGCAGACUUGUGGCCUGCAGCAUGGAGAUCGCCUGGCCUUGAUUCUGCCUCGAGUGCCGGAGUGGUGGCUGGUGACACUGGGCUGCAUUCGAACAGGAGUCAUCUUCAUUCCUGGGACCGCCCAAAUGAAAGCCAAGGAUAUUCUCUACCGAAUACAAAUGUCUCAAGCCAAAGCCAUUGUGACCACAGACAGCCUUGUCCCAGAGGUGGAAUCUGUGGCUUCUGAGUGUCCUGGUCUGAAAACCAAGCUGGUGGUGUCUGAUCACAACCAUGAAGGGUGGCUUAACUUCCGGACACUGCUUAAAUCAGCAUCCCCAGACCAUACCUGUGUUAAGUCAAAGAUGAAGGACCCCAUGGUCAUCUUCUUCACCAGCGGGACCACAGGUUACCCCAAGAUGGCAAAGCACAACCAAGGACUUGCUUUCCGGUCUUCUGUGCCUUCAUGCAGAAAAUUUUUGAAGCUGAAGACAUCUGACGUCAUUUGGUGCAUGUCAGACCCAGGAUGGAUUCUGGCUACUGUGGGAUGCAUGUUUGAACCCUGGACAGCAGGAGCUACAGUCUUCAUCCACAACCUCUCUCAGUUUGACCCCAAAGUCAUUGUAGAGGCACUGUUCAAAUACCCUAUCACUCAAUGCCUUGCUGCCCCAGCCGUGUAUCGAAUGGUUCUUCAGGAGAAUAUCUCCAAUCUCAGGUUCCCCACCCUGGAGCAUUGCGCAACUGGUGGAGAGAGCCUGCUGCCUGAGGAAUAUGAGCAGUGGAAGGAAAGGACAGGCCUUUCCAUUCAUGAGGUCUAUGGACAGUCAGAAACGGGGAUCACCUGUGCCAUCUUCCGGGAAAUGAAGGUCAAGCGAGGCUCCAUAGGGAAGGCCGUUUUACCCUUUGACAUACAGAUCAUCGAUGAGAAGGGCAACAUCCUCCCACCCAACACGGAAGGAUACAUUGGCAUCAGGAUCAAGCCCACCAGGCCGCUAGGCCUCUUCGUGGGAUAUGAGAAUAGCCCAGAGAAGACAUCUGAAGUGGAGUGUGGGGACUUUUACAAUAGUGGGGAUAGAGCAACUAUUGAUGAAGAUGGCUACAUCUGGUUCUUGGGGAGGAGUGAUGAUGUCAUCAAUGCUUCCGGGUACCGCAUCGGGCCUACAGAGGUGGAGAACGCCUUGGUGGAGCACCCAGCAGUGUCAGAGUCUGCGGUGGUGAGCAGCCCUGACAAGGAUCGAGGAGAGGUGGUGAAGGCUUUUAUUGUCCUCAACCCAGAGUUCCUGUCACAUGAUCAGGAACAGCUUAUCAAAGAGCUACAGCAGCAUGUGAAGUCAGUGACUGCACCAUACAAGUACCCAAGGAAGGUGGAGUUUGUUUCAGAAUUGCCCAAAACCAUCACAGGCAAAAUCAAAAGAAAGGAACUUCGAAAUAAGGAGUUCGGUCGCAUAUGAACAACAAUCAACCCAAAGCAUCCUGUGACCUGAAUCCUUCGCUUUAGGGGGUGGGGGUGGGGUGAGAAUGGAAUGCAGGAAGGGGAAGUGUGAAAAAGAAAACCAAGACCCCAACAUUUUUGGUGCUUUUUUUUAAUUCAGUUGCUACCCUUCCUGAAAGGUCACAGUGCACUCUCAUACUGUAGGCAAUAAAAAUACAGAUUAAAUAUCA